UUUUUUUGUGAAAAUUGCCUGAUUUUUGCCUGAGAAACCAAAAGGUUUUUUGAUUUGUAUCAGUCUGAUAUUUAUACACUUUCUUCAAUUAUUUCAAUUUACUGUAGUUUAUUUGAUUAUCAUGUCUGAAUCAAAACAAAAACUUAGUGAAUUAGUUAAUAGAGAGAAUGGUGAUAAUCAAUUAGGAAGUUUUAAUGAAACUAGUAAUGAAAUGAUGAUGGAUGGUGAACACAAUUCAACCAUGUCUCAACAAUCCAAUGAUAAUCCAGAUGACCCGGAUCUGGAAGAAAUAAAAGCUCGUGUCAGAGAAAUGGAAGAAGAAGCAGAAAAGUUAAAACAAAUGCAAGACGAAGCUGAAAAACAGAUGAAUUUAAGUUCAUCAAGUACUGCUGGCUUAUCUCCUGAGGAGAAAAGAGAGGUUGACGCCAGGUCUAUUUAUGUUGGUAAUGUCGACUAUUCAGCUACUGCUGAUGAUUUAGAGCGUCAUUUUCAUGGUUGUGGAUCUAUAAAUCGUGUUACCAUUUUAUGUGACAAAUUCAGUGGGCACCCUAAAGGCUUUGCUUACAUUGAAUUCGCUGAAAAAGAUUCUGUCCAAACAGCAAUGGCGCUUGACGACUCACUUUUUAAAGGCAGACAAAUUAAAGUAAACGUAAAAAGGACCAACACACCUGGACUUAGCAUCACUGCUCGUCCACCUCGUGGUGCAAUGAGAGCUUCACGCAGAGGAUAUAUGGGUAGAGGCGCAGCUUGGAUGGGUUUCAGACCAGCUAGAAGGCCGCGUCGAGGAUGGUAUUAUGCUCCUUAUUAGACUAGUUAUUUGUUAUAACCAUUCAAAUUGAAGAACAUCUCCACUUUCACUCAUGAAAUCACGAUUACAACAAACAUCGACACCGAGAAUACCAGCAGCAACUACGCAGAAAUUAUUCAAAGAUGACAAAUUAAUACCAACUCAUCACCGACUGAAUUUACUUUCGACGAUUCCAUCGUAAUCUAAUUAUCGAUAUAUCAAUAUUGGCAUCGUAUUGGUUCUUUCUCUGCUUUUUUCCGCCGAAAUAAGAUAAUUUACGAUUCACCAUUCUCAGAAUCUAUCUGUGAUUCUGUUUUCACACCAAAACUUUUCACGUGUCAACCUUUUUUGUCCUUUGCCUGUCAAUUUUCCAUUUCAUCCCUUAACCUUUUUUUCGUCUUCUUCUACCUUUCUUUUUGCUUCUUUUUCCCAUUCUUCAAUACUAAAUAUAAAUCCUAUUCAAAAUUUGAAUAUUUAAACACAAAUUCAAAUCAGUCAUGACUAAUGACUAAGUAAAUUGUAUCAUCUUUGAUAAUCUAACAUGAAAAAAAGACAUAUAGCUUAAAAAACAAACUCCUUCGAAUAAAAAGAAGAUUAAAAAAAAGUAAUACAAAAUGAAGAAGUUUGAAUAAAAGCCA